AUGCACAAACUUCUUCAAACCCGUCUGCAAAUCCGUGGUCGGCCUGUAAUGAAGCUCCUUCUUCGCGUAGCUAAUAUUCGCAUAACAUCCCCAUUUGCCGGCAUUGGCAGCACGUUCCUCUUCGCCUUCACCUUCAGAAGCUUCUCGAGUAUGCUCACGAGCUUGGUAACCGGCACAGGCGAAGUAUUUCCGAGAUUGAAGACCCGUAAUUGGGCCGGGCCCAUUUUCUUUCCUCCGCUCCCGGUGCUCUUCCCGGCCGUGUCAAUCGAGCCCAAACAACCCUUCACGAUGUCGUCGAUGUAG